CUUUGUCUUCCGGCGAGGGAAAUCGGCUUGGGGAGGCGUCCCUGCGAGGAGGGGGAGGCUGGUGGAUGGAGGUUGGACGGGGCAGAGAGCCAGGGAUUUGUGAGAGAAAACAAAUGAAAGAGCACAUCAAAUGAAAAAGCACAUUCACUUCAAAAUUAAUCCUUGUUGACUAUUGUACAACUCAUACAGCAAAGAAGUGCCUGGAAUGUGAAAAGUCUCAGACACAAUACAGUCCUUUUCCGCCAUCAAAGAACGGAGACGGGAGAAACAAUUUAACUGUCUGGUGUGUGGGAAAGUAUUUCGUCAAAAGGGGGCACUUGCUCUCCAUCAGAGAAUUCACUCCAGGGAGAAGCCAUGAAAAUGGCUUGAGUGUGGAAAGAGCUUCAGUGAGAAGGUAAAUCUCACUUCUCAUCAAAGAACUUACAUAGGGGAGAAACCAUUUGCGUGUUUGCAGUGUGUAGACUGCUUCAAGAGGAAGUAUAGCUUUACUACUCAUCAGGUAAUGCACACAGAAGGGAAUCCAUUUAAUUGCCUGGACUGUGGAAAGAGCUUCAGACAGAAGGAUGGCCUUGUUAGUCAUCAAAGCAUUCAUACAGGAGAGAAACCAUUUGAAUGUUUGCAGUGUGGGAAGAGCUUCAGACGAAAAGAUGGCCUUGCUAAACAUCAAAGAACUCACACAGGAGAGAAGCCAUUUGAAUGCCUGCUGUGCGGAAAGAGCUUCAAGCGUAAGGAAAACUUUACUGCUCAUCAGAUAAUGCACACAGAAGGGAACCCAUUUAAAUGCCUGGAGUGUGGAAAGAACUUCAGCCGGAAGGAUGGCCUUAUUAGUCAUCAAAGCAUUCACACAGGAGAGAAACCAUUUGAAUGCCUGGAAUGCGGAAAGAGCUUCAGCCGGAAAGAUGGCCUUGCUAGUCAUCAAAGAAUUCACACAGGUGAGAAACCAUUUGAAUGCAUGGAGUGUGGAAAGAGUUUCAGGCUGAAGGGUGCCUUUUCAGCACAUAAACAUAUUCACAUUGGGGGGAAAGUAUGUAAAUGCCCGAAGUGUGGAAAGAACUUUAAUUCCAAGUCUGCCCUUAAUCGCCAUCAAAGAACUCACACAGGCGAGAAACCAUAUCAGUGCUUGGUGUGUGGGAAGAGGUUCUCCCAGAGAAGUGGCCUAAAUUCCCAUCAAGGAACUCAUACAGGGGAAAAACCAUUUAAAUGUUUGGAGUGUGGAAAGGGCUUCUGUGACAGAAGUGCCCUUAAUCUGCAUCAAACCAUUCAUACAGGAGAAAAACCAUUUAAAUGUUUGAAAUGUGGAAAGAAUUUUCGUGGCAAGGCAUACCUUUCUGUACAUCAAAGAACUCACACAGGGGAAAAGCCAUUUAAAUGCAUGGAGUGUGGAAAGAAUUUCACUCGGAAGACAUACCUUUCUGCACAUCAAAGAACUCACAGAGGGGAAAGACCAUUUAAAUGCUUGGUGUGUGGAAAGAAUUUCAGUGGGAAGGCAUACUUUUCUAUACAUCAAAGAACUCACACAGGGGAGAAACCUUUUAAGUGCUUGGAGUGUGGAAAGAAUUUUGUUCGGAAGGAGUACCUUUCUCUACAUCAAAGAACUCACACAGGGGAGAAACCGUUUAAAUGCGUGGUGUGUGGAAAGUGCUUCAGCCACAGGUCAUCCUUUAUUUCACAUCUAAGAAGGCCUCACACAGAGACCUCUUCGGAAGAAGAGGACUCGGAUACCUCAGAACAAUCUUCUACAGCAGACCAGGAGCAAGAUGAGGGGUCCUGUGACAGCGACGCCUCGUCUGAGGUUCCCAGCAAAUCGUUCAACCCAGCUGUGAUUCCAGAUUCUCCUCCCAGCACCCACGAGUCACCAGAACACAGUUCACACUGUAUCACGUGGGAUACUCAGAGCCAUGGUGGCAGUGCCUACCUGACUCCCAGAGUACCCUUUUGCCCAGGAAAUACACAUGAGUAGGGGUUACUCAGGAGGAAGGGUCUCCUUAUGAGGCAGACUCAGAUGCAACUGCAGAACCAGGGUCAGCCAGAAUAUAUGCUUACCUGUGUUCCCCAGCUCCCCUAGAGCUGUUUGGCUCUAUUUAUUAGUGGGUUACAGGAGAAAUUAUUUCAAUCUCUGGAGUAGAAAAGGAGUUUGAGGCAGAGUGCAUGUCUUACUUUACAUCAAAGAAGCUUCACAGUACAAGUAAUUUAAAAACACGUGGAUGAUUACAUUAACAAUUCUCUGCUUUCAUAAUUUUGUCAACAACGUAUAAAAAUAUAUAUUAUCACUAACUGUGUCUGUACACAGGAAGUUCUAGAUUUCAGCAGAGCACGGGACUUGAUUUUGACAAAUCCCGACUUUCCUAUACAGCCCCCUGGAUUCCCCCCACCCCAAAUGUUCUCUAGAGUGUUGGGUGAUCCUCUAGCACAGCAUGGGAAGUUUCAUAGUCGCUGCAGAAGAAAGGGGAAAGUUGCAAAAAGACACAUUCUCCCCAUCCAACCAUCCCACUUCCCAUUUAAGGAAGCCUUCAAUGGAUUAAUAGGUGCACAUGGAGAAUGUAUAGAUGUAUGGAGGGUUAGGUUCUAGUCCUGCCUAUAACAUUUUUCUGCCUGUGGAAAAGGCAAGGAGGCCCAAGGACAAUCGUCGACUGAACUAGCAGUUGAAUCAUUUUUUAACACUGGCACUCAAUGCUGUUUUGUGUAAACUUGGGUUGGGUUGAAUAUCCUUGAAAAAAAUGUCCAUGAAUAUCCUUGGGGGAAAAUGCAACUUCCAAUUAAAGAGGGUGGGUUGCCUUUCCA